AUGUCUUUGGCGGGGUUUCGAACUAUGGCGACCAAGAUCGUCUGCGUUGGAAGGAACUACAAGGAUCAUGCACUAGAGCUCGGAAAUCCCAUUCCGAAGAAGCCGCUCCUAUUCUUAAAGGUGAUAUUUGUUCAAGGUCAUCCAAUCGUCACCCCUCCCGGAUGCGACAAUCUUCAUCAAGAAGUGGAACUUGGUGUUGUAAUCGGCAAAACUGCAAAGAACGUGCCAAAGAGUGAAGCCAUGUUAUAUGUUGGCGGCUAUUCUGUUGCUUUGGACAUGACAGCAAGAGACUUCCAGGAUGAAGCAAAGAAAGCUGGAGCUCCAUGGUUCCUUGCGAAAUCGUUCGAUACGUCAUGUCCUGUCUCCAAAUUCAUCCCUAAAGAGAACAUUGAAGACCCUCAUGCAGAGGAGAUAUUUUGUCUUAUCAAUGGCGUUGAAAAGCAACGAUGUCGAACAGAUAUGAUGAUUUUUGAUAUCCCGACCUUAAUAGGAUUUGUCACCCGUUUCGUUACUUUGGAAAAAGGCGAUCUCUUGUUGACAGGGACCCCUGCUGGUGUCUCCCGAGUUCUACCAGGUGAUAGUAUCGAGUUUGGAUUAACAAACAGAAUUACAUCUACGUUUGUUGUGCAGUAA